UAAUUGCUUACCUUAUAACACGUGAGUUUUAUAGCAACAAAUUAUCACAUGGACUGGAGAAAUCCUUUCUUUCGACAACGUUAACGUCGAGCUUGUACUCGUUUGUUUAGUGCUAUAACACUAACAACACUACGUUUGAUUUGUUUCUUACUUGUAUUAAAUUCUAAAUUUACUUAAUAAAAAGUUUAUUAAUUAAUAUUGACAAUACUGUAUUCAACUACAAGAGGUAAGUGAUUCGCAUUAUAUGAACUUUAUUCAUUUAUUUAUGCAAAUAUAAAUUUCAACUGGACUCUUUUAAAAUGUUGAUUUCAUUAAAUACAGUGUUGACGUACAAAAGUAUUUUAAACUGAGAAAAUGGAGAUAAAAGAAGAGUUAGAUACAAAAGAUUUCGAUUUUACUUUUGAAAAAAGUAAAGAAAAUUUUGCUGUUGUAUUAAAGAAUUGCAAGAAAGAAUUAAAAACGGAAGAUAAGAAGUUUUGUGCAAGAAUUAAAGCAGAACCUUUAGAAUAUGGAAACGAUAAUAAUACAGAGAUAAAUUUUUACGAAAAAUCAAAAACUAACACAAACUCUUUUAAUCGUUGGAGUAAUUCCGGUUAUAACAAUGAAAUAGAUAUGAAGAAAGAAGUAAAAGAGAAUUGUGAUGUAAAACACGGUAUAAAAUCGGAAUGUAAAGGUGAUUUGAAAAAAUUAAAAAUUGAAGUAAAAACUGAAGAUUGUAAAGAUAUUCAUCUUCCAGCUGAUAAUGAACAGGUAAUGGUGUAUUCUGUAUUAAAUAAAAAAUAUGUAUUAUAUANACUUUGUCAAUUAUCCGGAAAGAAUUGA